AUAAAUAAAAUAAAAGGACGUGUGCGCCUUUAAGGGUGAGCGUGCGACAGUGGGGAGGGCCAGGGCGUCUCUUGACUGGAGCUCCUGCCUGACAGCCUAUAAGACGUCAGCUCGUUCCCAUUCAACACUUUAUCCAAAAGUGUCACAAUCUGUACGGGUGGAGGGAGGGGUGGGGGGGAGCGUCAGCCAUUCGUAGUCAUCUACUGGUUCCCCGAUGUUAACUCCAAAUUAUCUGUACGUUGCAAACCCACCGGAGCCAUUUUAGGAGCCCGAAAAGGAGUUUUAUCGGAGCAUUACAAAAGGGCGCCUUUUCGGGUGUGGGGCGAUCUUGGAGCAGUUUUUCUUGGUACAAAAGUGUCAGUCAGCCGGGCCGACGAUCCGAGAGUUUCCUGGCUUUGAUGCGACCCGAGUGUGCCUGGAGCAUGUCCACAGUGGGCCUGACUGCCCAGGAGACAUCUUUUCCCGUAGAACACCCCUUCCUGCGGGGCAGCUACUAUCACAGCAUGGCUGGAUCAAAGUCAUCGUGGAGCUAUACCCACGACCUGGACAACUUCUACUUCACAAUGAAAUCAGAACACACAGAUCACAGCUCUCAUCGCCAGCACAAGAGUCCGCCAUCGCUAAGUUACGAAAGGCAUAAACACAGUUCCAGCAUCCUGAAAUUACCUCUCAAGAAGCUUCGGCCUUCCCAUCUUUCCCUGUCCUGUAGCGCUGAACCAUCCACGCCGAGUCCGGGCGAUGACGACCAGGUGGUCUCCUCAUUCCAACAUCUCUCGAUGUACGAGUGCAGCAGUCCGCCGCAGACUCCGGACAGGUGCUCCAAGCCUCUGCCGCCCAUCCCGCUGCGUCGUGACAUCUCAUCCGAGCAGGCCAUGGACAACGAGGUGGAGUCCUUCACCAGCACGGAUGAGAGCUGCUGCCUGGUGUCGGAUCAGUGUUCCAAACCCUCUCCUUUUCGGACCGGACUCCCCAGUCGGAGAAGCUUAAGGGACUGCGGACAGAUUAACCACGCUUACUAUGACGGGCCUUUAAGUCCGAGGCAACCCCAACCUCAGCAGCUUCCCGUGCAUCGCCCCCAGCAGAAGGAAAUGCAAGAUCAUCGGCUUCAGGAACUACCAGCGGUUUGCCAACGGCAGCGGGACAAAACUCAAAAGAAACUACAUCGUUCUAAGUCCGGACCAGCCGGAUCUUUAAACAACCCUUGCCAACUGCGCUCCAAAUACUCCGCCCUCAACACAGGUCACAAAAUGGAGGUUCCUCCACCGAUUCCGCCGCGACCAACCAAGAUGUCAGGUCCCGCACACUCUCAGAGAGACACCCGCCGCUGGUCAGCAGAAGUGUCAUACAGCGAUGAGGACAAACCCCCAAAGCUGCCUCCGAGGGACCCCUUGUCCUUGGGCACCUCCCGCACUCCUAGCCCCAAGAGCCUCCCGACAUACAUCAACGGCGUGAUGCCCACCACCCAAAGCUUUGCACCGGACCCUAAAUAUGUCAGUCGGGGUUUACAGAGACAGAACAGCGAGGGAUCGCCGUGCAUCCUGCCUAUCGUGGACAAAGAGGGAAAAAAGGCCAGUAGUACACAUUACUACCUUCUGCCUCACCGACCCACCUUUGUGGACUCCAAGUCCGUUGAAAAAUUCCUACAGACGUUGGACAGCCCGGACUCGGAAUGGGACUGCCACACCAGGCGGAAAGCGCCCGUGGAUCUAGUUUAAGGAUUCUCGCCAACUGCUGCUUUUUAGUUUUGAGCCCGUUAGGUAUUGAAGGACAUAGGGUACGAGUGCACUGUAUCCAGUUACUGCUGACGCGGCUCACCACGGGGUUGCGUUCAACAACUUUGAAAGAUUCUACAGUCCGGAAGGUGCAAGCGGGUCUUGAACCAUGUCACUCUCAGUGUUUUGCGUCCGGAUGGUUGACUGUGAUGGGUAGGGGCUUUUUUUUCCUUAUUUAAUUGUAUUUUUUUUUUAAUGCUGCUUUUUAUCUCAACCGGGACAAAAGGUCAGUAAUGUAACCACGUGACACUUACUAGGGAUGGGCAUAAUAAUCGAUUUCUCGCUCAUGAGGUAAAAUGAAUCACGUCUCGAAGCAAGUGAGGCAAAAAUAGAGUGCGCUACUCCAAACAUAAGGAAAUUGAAAAAAAAAUAUUCAAUGUAUUGCACAGAAAUAAAAAUUGAAUAAUUUAGGUUCAAACAGCAAUAACAAAAUAAUAUAUAUCUACCUAACAGUUUAAUACAACUGAAGAGUACUUAGAAAUGUUCUGUACUGAAUUAAAAAAAAAGGUUUAUGCCACUGUAACUUCAUGCACUGUUUGAAUAUUUAAUUCAGUUAUUUGGACAAAGUAUGGAUGGAUCGAAUUAUUUAUAUACCACUAAGGGAAGUCUGCGAAAUUACUGUCGUAAACAAUAUGACACUAACAUGGAACAAGGAGUUCAGAACAUUCAUUUAUUUGUGUGGCGGGGAGAAAAGGUACAUUUUCCCCCCAUUGUUGAUCAAUAAAAUUGAGCCCAUCCCUAAAAUCUGAAGUUAUUUUAGGGUCAGAUGAAGGAUUUUAGCACACGAGUAUCUACUGUAUGUUUGGGUAUGAUUAUCAUCAUAUACAGGUAUAUAUUUUUUUGUUUUUGCUGAUGUUUUGUUUUUGUUGUUUUUCCCAACUUGCCCGUAGCUUCGCAUGAAAGUCAAGUGCAGUUUCUGUAGCCUCAAAAAAAGCCAUAUCACAUCCGUAACAGAACUCUUCCUGGUUCAUCUGCCACCUUUGCUUUGUUUUUUUGGGGGGGGGGGGCAUGUGCAACCCAGCGAACGUGGGUUAUGUGGCCAUAACUGCGCUUUCACAUAAAAAAAUAGUUUUCGAAUGAGAGUGUCAGAUGUUAAAACUCAGCACCACCAUGUCCCACCAUUCAGGCUUAAAUUAUUUACAGUGGCUCUAAAAAGUCUACACACCCCUGUUCAAGUGCUAAAUUUUUGUCCAAAAAAAAAAAUAAAAAGAAUUCAAAGCUGUGGCUACUGGCAAAACAAUUGAAAAGAAGAAUUUUUUUUUAGAGAGGAGAAGUAAAAAAUAAACUGAAAUGUAUUUGCACAAGUGUGCACACACUCUUAUACCUGGAGAUGUGGCUGCGGUAAAAAUGAUCUCCCACCUUUUUGAAGUGCCUAAAGCAGAAGCUUGAACAUUUUUAUGCUCACACUGACCGCUGAUUGAAACGGUUUAUAACUACCUACACCUCGAUUAAGGCCCCAGUUCCAUCCAAAGAAAUUAUUUAUCUUGGUCUCAUUAAAAAACUAAAUUUGAAUUGGGUGUUUAGACUUUUAAUAUGCACUCCACAUUGGCCCUUUUAUGGUUCUGAUACUACCUCCAAAAGGCAAAAAAAAUGUUCAAAUUGACUCCAACCACCCAUUACAGCCAGUGUCCGUCAUCCUGAGUGUCGUUUGCGUGGGUGUUUUUUUCCACGAUCAUAUUUGUUACUGCGUUUUUUUUUUGGGGGGGUGGGGGGGUGGGGGUUGCAUUUGGAGGUUGCACAGAGAGCGUCGCCUUGAAGCUGGACAUACACUGUAAAAUAAAGGCACAUGCAACGCAGUUACGAAAAGCACAUUGUUAGCGUUGUUUUUAGCAUUAGCAUUCCUUGCCCACCUAUGGCGCAAAAUGCCUUUUCCUGAUUUGUUUUAAUGGUCGGCAACAGUAAUAAAGCCACUGACAGACACCGCAGGGCUUAAGCGGUACAAAUGAACCCUAUCAAUUGUUUACUUUGACGUUCUAUUGCGGGCACUUAACUCAGUGUGAAAGUUGCAAUUUCAAAUUAACAUUUUAUAUAGUGUAUGCCCAGCUUUAGUGAAUGUAUUCUUACUGAAAUUCUUUUUUUUUAUAUUUAGCUGUCAAGCUGUGAGUCAUUGUUUGGAACACAUUUGCUACCUCCCUCGAUACGAAUCCUCCAUUUCACAUUGUCCGCUUUUUGGGGGGAUGAUCUUAUCUUCUUCUUUUUUUUU